UGUGUUGUCAUUCAUAUCUCACAAUAAUGACUUCACCCUCCCACAUCAUGUUGGUUAUGAUUGGAUCUGACAAGUCACCUGCUUUUUCAUAAAUAAAUACUUUGAGUUUUGGUGCCGUGCUCUUAUUCUAAUGUUUGUUGUUUGUCAUUUUUGCGCACAGAUUGGAGCUGGAGAAUCAGGAGCUGAUGAUAGCUAAGCAGACAGAGGCUGAAUCUUCUGUUCAGACACAAACGUCCCUCCAGGAGGAGAAAGAGGACCUCUCUGUACGGUUGGAGGGGGAGCGUAAGCUGCAUCUUGCCUGUCGGGAGGAGCUGCGGUUAAAGAGUUUGGAGGCCACAAGAAGACUGACACAAAUAGAGAGUCUUGAAGAAAAGUACAGUCAGUCUAAUGCCGAAAGAGACAAUCUCUUGGGCAGUACUAAGCAGCUGGAGUUGGAGGUCCAGGAGUGGAAGCUCCUUAGUGAGCAAUUUCAAUCUGAUCUGGAAGCAUCCAAAAGUCUGACGGAAAAGUUGCGUCUAGAGCUGGAACAGAAACAGCAAGAUGCGAUGGGGCUGCUAAGCUCUCGAGAUGAGGCUGUGAGCGCGGCUGUCAAGGAGCUGCGAGACCUGCAGGCUGCUGAGAGCCAAGCUCUGGAGGAGAGGCUUAAGGAGGCGGAGCAAGAAAGGCGACGCAUUCAGGAGAAGCUAGCGUACGUUACAGCCCAAAUGAGUUCUUCAGAGGAAGAGGCAGGGCGAAAUAAAGUUCACUUAGAAGCGCUUACUAAAUCUAUGUGUUCUCUGCAGAAUGAACGUGAGCGUAUGCUCAGCGAAUAUCAGCAGCUGGAACAGACGCACCUCAGUUCUAUCUUGGCCAAGGAUGCGCUCAUCCAGGAAGCCGCAGCAGAAAGUAAUGAGCUUCGUGAGGAGCUGCGAAAUUUGCGGAGCCGCACUGAUGACUUAAAUGCACAGAAUGCCAAGCUUGAUGCACAGCUGGCUCAGUACAGGCAAGACCUGAAAGAGCUGAUCUCACUAAAGGACUCCCAACUGAAGCAGCUUCUGGGAGAGAAACUACAGCAUAUAGAGCGGCUGCAAAAUGAAUCCGGUGCACAAGCACAGCAGCUAAAGGAGGAGAAAGAACACAAGGAGGCACUGCAGCAGGAGCUAGCGCACUUACAAGAUGAAGUGCAGUCUAUGAGGCUGUAUGUGACACAGCUGCAGAGCACUCAGGAGGCUUUAGAGCGUGAGGACAAGAGGCUGAGAGAGGAAUUGGCACAGCUAGAGGGAGAGGUGGUGCGUGGGAGAGAAGAAUCUUCCCAGCUGCAGGCAGACGCUGCGCUGCGAGUGCAGAGAGCCGAGCAGGAGCUUAGUAAAAAGCUACAGAGCAUGCAGCAUGAUACCGGCAUCUUACGCAAUGAGACUGAGACAGCAGAAGAGAGAGUGGCUGAGCUGGCACGAGAUCUAAUGCAAGCUGAACAAAGGCUGCUGUUGGCUAAUGAAGAGAACGCUGCUAUCAGGGCCAAGCUUCAGGCAUUUGAGGGCUCUAUGAGAUCUCUGCAGGACUCGCAUGACUUAGUGAAUGAAGAGCUGAACAGUCUGAGAAAGCAGCAAGAAAAACUAGCGUCCCUUUCUGAAGAGCUGUCAUUUGUGAGUGCAGAACGAGACCGUCUGAGACAGGAGAUGAAACAAUUGUCCAAUAACAGUCAGCUGGAGCCGCUAUCUAAAGACUUAAGCAGUCUGCAGAGGAUUCGUCCAGGAAAAGAGGAGGAGAGAAACAUUCAGGCAUCUGCUGAUGUAAAGGUAUUUGCUGAUUAACAUUUUUAUACUGCUGAUGUAUACAAUAG